AUGGCACAGAAUUCGAUGGAUGCAACAAUUCCUGACAAUGUGCUUCUCUAUGAAGAAGCUGAUGUGCGUAAGGCCUUGUCCAGUGGCACUUUGAAAAACGGCACUCAAGGAAUGGCAGCUGCAGGCUGGAAGACUAGAAUGAGUGGCUUGACAAGACCUCGGAACUACAGCGGAAGUCAAGCACUCAAUGAGGAAUAUCGAGAUCUGCAAACAGGCCACAAAAUCCCUGGUGGUCAAGUGCAAUUUGUGGUAGUCCGUGAAGAUGAUACCCAAACACUCCACAAGUCGGACUCACAGGCAUUCACAUGUUUGUGGAGUAACCUUGAGAACUUGGCUCUACCACAGUAUAUGUCACCCCACUUGUCACAAUGGAGAAAAAACAUCAAGAACUGUGCACCUUCAGUACAUCAGAUGUGUGCAGAAGAUAAAACUAUAGGCCAUGACAACAUGAUGGGUACUCUGGCCCUCCUGUCAGCUGCAGGAUGCAACACUAUUUAUUGGACAGAGUCCUCAAAUUCCUUUUAUUCCAAGAAGGCAAAAUAUCACAAGCUGCCCCAGUAUAGUUGGGAUCCGAGGAGAGAGAGCUUCACAGGCACUGUGUUGCGACCCGUCCUUGUGAGACCUGAAGAACAAAGACGGAGUGGAAGAUAA